AUGGAGUGCGUAGGAGGUGGAAGUUUUGGAGCAAUGGCAGCAGUACUGUUUUCAUGUCCGUGUCCUGCUUGGAGGUCCAAAACAGUAGGAGUAGCAGCACAGCCGCAGAGUAGUAUUACAACAAAACAGAGUGUUUUUAAUAGCAAUAAACGGUACCGUUUAUAUCAAGUGAGAUCAGCAGGCAGAGGCAGUAGCAGGGGGAUGAGUGAUAGUUGCAGUAGUGUAGCUGUUAAAGAAGCUGCUAAUUUUGCUGAUGAAGAAGAUUAUAUAAAAGCCGGUGGUUCUGAACUUGUUUUUGUACAAAUGCAGCAAAACAAGGCCAUGUCCCAGCAAUCUAAACUCACCGAUGCGUUACCUCCCAUCACAAUCGGAGAAGGUGAAGUACUGGAUUUGGUGGUGAUUGGUUGUGGUCCGGCAGGGUUAGCACUAGCUGCAGAAUCAGCUAAGUUGGGAUUGAGUGUUGGACUUAUUGGUCCUGAUCUUCCUUUUACUAAUAAUUAUGGUGUUUGGGAGGAUGAAUUUAAAGAUCUUGGACUUGAAGGGUGCAUUGAGCACGUUUGGCGGGACACCAUUGUAUAUCUUGACAAUAGCGAUCCCAUUCUGAUUGAUCGUGCCUACGGACGAGUUAGUCGACAUUUGCUCCAUGAAGAGCUGUUGAGGAGGUGUGUCGAGUCAGGUGUUUCAUAUCUGAGCUCAAAAGUGGAAAGGAUUACUGAAGCAACUGAUGGUCAUAGUCUUGUAGCUUGUGAACAUGACAUUGUUGUUCCAUGCAGGCUUGCUACUGUUGCAUCUGGAGCUGCUUCGGGAAAACUCUUGCAGUAUGAGGUGGGAGGUCCAAGGGUUUCUGUGCAAACAGCGUAUGGUGUGGAAGUUGAGGUGGAAAACAAUCCAUAUGAUCCUAGCCUAAUGGUUUUCAUGGAUUACAGAGACUACAUUAAACAAAAAGUUCCAUGUUUAGAAGCUGAAUAUCCAACUUUUCUUUACGCAAUGCCCAUGUCAUCAACAAGAGUUUUCUUCGAGGAAACUUGUUUGGCCUCAAAAGAUGCGAUACCUUUUGACUUGUUAAAGAAAAAACUCUUGUCAAGGUUAGAGACAAUGGGAAUCCGAGUCUUAAAAACCUAUGAAGAGGAAUGGUCUUAUAUUCCAGUUGGUGGUUCUUUGCCAAAUACUGAGCAGAAAAACCUUGGGUUUGGGGCUGCUGCUAGCAUGGUGCAUCCAGCCACAGGCUAUUCGGUGGUGAGAUCAUUGUCUGAGGCUCCAAAUUAUGCUUCUGUAAUUGCAAAUAUAUUGAAACAGGAUCAUUCCAAGGGCAAGCUUAUUCUUGAAGGACGUAAUGCAAAUGUAUCAAUGCAAGCUUGGAAUACUCUUUGGCCACUAGAGAGAAAACGUCAAAGGGCAUUCUUUCUCUUUGGACUAGCACUUAUAUUGCAGCUGGAUAUUGAAGGCAUUAGAACAUUUUUCCAUACCUUCUUCCGCUUACCCAACUGGAUGUGGCAGGGAUUUCUUGGCUCCUCUCUCUCCUCUGCUGAUCUCAUAUUAUUUGCCUUCUAUAUGUUUGUUAUUGCACCAAAUGAUUUGAGAAUGUGCCUUGUCAGGCAUCUGCUUUCCGACCCAACCGGAGCAACUAUGAUAAGAACUUAUCUGACAUUUAAAGGUGAUGAAGACACUGUUGUUCUGAUUACGUACCUUGUAUCACUGUGUCUUGCCUGUAUAAAUGUUGAUGAUUUUGGAACACGAACUUCAAAGGUUCACGCUGAAGAUCAGGCAGAAGAAUGGGUGAAGAAUGGGCAUCGUUUACAGCUUGACAAAAGGGAUGAGUUGAAGAGACAGGUUGAUCGAACUGAGCUGGAGGGAGUAACCUGCACAAGCUGGCUAAAAGAGUUGGAAGUUAUCGAAACUGAAUCAAGCUCCAUCAUUGAAGAUCUUGGAUACAGAUGUGGGGCUGCAAUGCUUGCUGAGCUUUUGAUUUUAUUCAGAAUGUCAAGGGAAAAGGAUAUUUUUUAUUCAGAAUCAAUUCGACCAUAUGCUGAAACCAUUGUGAGAAAAUGCGGAGGCUUGACGCUUGCUUUGAUCUCAAUUGGAAAGGCCAAUAAAGAGACUGAGGAGGAAUGGAAGUAUGCAAUUGAGGUAUUGAAUAGGUCUCCUUCUGAACUUCGAGGCAUCGAAGAUGUAUUUGCUCUUCUAAAAUUCAGCUAUGACAAUCUGGAUACUGAUGCGUUGAGGUUAUGCUUUUUAUUGUUGAGAAGUAAGAAGUAA